AGGAGAGCGGAGGCCAAACAAAGAUGGCGGCGUCUGAGGCGGCCGGGCCGGGCCUGGGGACGGCGGGGUGAAGCCGCGCCUCAGCCGGAGCAUGUCGGGGCCGGACGAGCGGGAGCCCGGCGGCGGCGGCGGGGUGGCGGCGGCCGCCGUCGUGGCCGCGGGCGCCGGGGGCGCCCUGGCGCUGGGGGAGGCGGCGGGGCCGGGCCCUGGGAGCGCGGAGGAGCCGGGGCCGCCGCUCGGGGCUGGCGGGGCGGGAGGGGGGGUUCCCCGGCAAGGGCAGCCCGAGCCCGGCGCCGACCGAGACGCCGACGCGCCGCCCAAGAAGCGCCUCAAGCUGCCGGGCGGGGCCGAGGGAGGCGGCGGCGGCGUCAAGCUGGAGGAGCGGCUCUACUCGGUGCUGUGCUGCACGGUCUGCCUCGACCUGCCCAAGGCCUCCGUCUACCAGUGUACAAAUGGGCACUUGAUGUGUGCUGGGUGUUUCAUCCACCUACUGGCAGACGCCCGGCUGAAGGAGGAACAGGCUACGUGUCCCAAUUGUCGCUGUGAGAUCAGCAAGAGCCUGUGCUGCCGAAACCUGGCCGUGGAAAAAGCGGUGAGCGAGCUGCCGUCAGAAUGUGGCUUUUGUAUGCGGCAGUUUCCUCGCUCGCUGCUGGAGAGGCACCAGAAAGAAGAAUGCCAGGACAGGGUCACUCGGUGCAAGUACAAGCGGAUUGGGUGCCCGUGGCAGGGUCCUUACCACGAGCUGACUGUCCACGAGGCGGAGUGCACUCACCCAACCAAGACUGGGAACGAACUGAUGGAGAUUCUGGAUGAGAUGGACCAGACCCACAAGAAAGAGAUGCAGUUGUAUAACAGCAUCUUCAGCCUGCUCAGCUUUGAGAAGAUUGGCUAUACAGAGGUUCAGUUCCGUCCUUACCGAACAGAUGACUUCAUCACUCGCCUCUACUACGAAACUCCAAGGUUCACCGUGCUGAACCAGACCUGGGUGUUGAAGGCCCGGGUGAACGACUCGGAGCGCAACCCCAACCUCUCUUGUAAGCGGACCCUCUCCUUCCAGCUCAUCCUCAAGAGCAAGAUCAGCUCCCCCAUGGAGUGCUCGUUCCUGCUGCUCAAGGGCCCUUACGACGACGUGAAAAUCAACCCUGUGAUCUAUCACUUUGUCUUCACCAACGAGAACAACGAAACGGACUACGUGCCGCUCCCCAUCAUAGACUCGGUGGAAUGUAAUAAGUUGCUGGCAGCCAAGAACAUCAACCUGCGUCUCUUUAUAUUCCAGAUACAGAAGUAAGCGUAGCAAAGCUUGGCUUUUUCCAGGAGUGGCCGAGAGACCAAGAGAGCACCACGGAACCAGAGUUACCUCGUACGGCUGCCUCGGCCCCUUUGUGACUCCACAGUUGUUUGAUUAUUUUUAAAGAGAACGUAUCUGCAUGCGUGGCGUACCAACAGCAUUGAGCGGUCACUUCCUUGCGUCUCCAUCUACUGUCGGGAGCAGGCGGGCAGGGAACCGGCUGGAUGCAGGCCACCAUUGAGGCCUGAGGGUGUCAGGAGGGAAAGCUGGCAACAAUGGUUAAUACAUUGUGAAAAAGGCUGCGUUUGUGUCGUGGUUGUGUGUGUGAUCUCUACAAUACGGCGUCAGCAUGGGUGGGGCUGAGAUCCCUGUUGGUCCCUUCAGCCUCAGUGGGUGAUGAUCUGUUUGGAAAGUAACGUGUGUUGUGUAGCACCUGGGUAGGUUUUCAUUUUAUUGGAAUAAAGCAAAUGGGGAGGGGGUUCUUCAGUAUACACCUUCAGGGGCCCCAAGCAACGGGAUUUUUGUCAGGCUGCUUUUCGCCAGGCUGAGAUGCCACAUUCCAAUAGUAGUAAGUUUACAGAGAGGGGACAAGCUGUGUCCCAAGGACUUGGUGGCAUGAAUGAGUAACGAGGCACUGCAGCCGUCCAAAUGAUUCCCUCUCCCACCUUUCUAUUGCUGUCGCAUUGGUAAGCAUUUGAAAUGAAGUCCAAAUUACGGAAGUUUAAUCGCAACAAGGUUGCUGAUCUUUCCCUUCCUGCCAGUCUCUUCCCUCAAACACUGCGCCCUCCACACGGCUUGUCUUGCACAUCACCAAAAGCUAGCCCAGGGUCGUCGUCCUCCUCUGGUCCUCGAUACUGCCCUGAUCUUCCUGUUCUCUCCGUCCCCUGCCCCCACCAGCAGGCUUGAGAUGUGACAGACCAAGGACCUCUACAGAGCUGACCCAAAUCAGUGCAGACUUCUCGGAAUGCAGGGUGAUAAUUCUGUCUGUCUUGGGAGCUUUCCCAAUACUUUGAAAAUCUUUUUUUUUUCUCCUUGUGCAAAUGCGUUACAGGCUCUUCUAGUAAUUAUGCAAUUUUACAAUGUGAUUUUAUGUAUGUAAAAGUAUAUAUAGCAGGUUUAUGGACGGGGAUUGUGGGGCCAUUCACCAAAUUUCAAUGCGAUCUACAGGGAUAUUUUGCUCAAUGCUCUUAAAAGUAUUUUAAUCUGCGGGGGAGUUGGUGGUAGAUGAAGACUAUAUCAUGAGAAACUUGUAUGUUAUACUGUGCAUUGAAGAAGAGUUUCUUCCUUCUUUCCCCCCACCCUUUAAAAGGAAGCUACAGUUGCAAUUUUAUUUGCUUUAUAUGGACUAACUGGAUCAGGAGUGUGUGUGUAAAACUUCUAAGAACCUGCCUUUGAAGAAGGCCGCCUUUGUUGGGACUUGUGCUGUGAAUGGUAACAAAACAGUUUCUUCUCCCCACCUUUCAUACCCUCCCCCCUUUCCCUUCAAGACCCUAAUAAUCAGCAGGUAUGGUCAAGAAGUGGUUUUAGAAACAGGAGGAGUUAUGCCCCUUGGGGACAAACCUGCAUAACUUGUAAUCCACUGAGCCCAGUCCAGGUGUUCUGCCAGGUGUUUGACGAGAUUUCCCUGUGUUUGUGAUCUCAGGGCAGCAGAAUCUUCUGGUGGGCUCCUGUCCCUGGCAGGGGCUGGUCGCUGGUGGUUGUGAAGCCGUUCCAGAGCGAAGGUCAGAGGGGGGGGUUGUCUUGGCUGCUGGCGUUUCACUCGUUCCACUUCAGAGGCUCCACUUCAGUGACUGCCCUUCAAGUCCUUUCAGAUGCAUUGGAAAUUUAAGGAUGCUGCUGCAACUUCUAGAAGUAGGAGUUGGAGAAAGGGGCUGUUCUGGGUGGUUAAGUAAGAGUCCAGUGUUUCAGAGGAGCGACUUGUUGGCCUGCUGUGAUGCUUCUUUUAAAAAUGAUCACGAUCCUUCAAUCAGUGUUGACGAGGCCGUAGUUUAGGUUGACGGUCUAGAAACGGUUAAUUAUUGUACCAGUUUUGUUGAGGCCUCAAAUAAAGUGUACAUCUAA